AUGGCGAUCAAGCUUGCAUUAAUCUUGAUAUUCAUGUCCUUCUCUUCCCUCUCUCAAGCCCUAUCAAAUGAAACUGUCACCAACAUCAACUACUGGUGCAACACCACUCCUCAUCCAGAAUCUUGCAGGAUCUUCAUGGGAGGCCAGCACAGUUUUGUACCAAAAUCUAAACCAGACUUUAGAACGAUGGCAGUGGAAGCAGCCAUGGAACGAGCCCUUUACGCGCAGACUCAUGCAAAGGAACUGGGUCAACAUUGUCAUAGCAAGCAUGCCAAGGCUGCAUGGUUGGACUGCUCAAAACUCUUCGACGACACAGUUCUCCAACUCAACCGGACCUUACAAGGCCUACAAAACAAUGCCAGCGAUUUCGAUGCUCAAACAUGGCUCAGCGCUGCCCUAACAAAUCUUGAAACUUGUCGAGCAGGGUCUCUUGAGCUGAAUGUCUCGGAUUUCAUAUCUUCAAUCUUAUCGAAUAAUGUUUCUGAGCUAAUCAGCAAUAGCUUGGCGAUCAAUGGGGCUUUUCUUGCCCAACAAGAUGCCCAAAGCGGGUACCCGAGUUGGAUUUUGGAUGGUGAAAGACAGCUGUUGAAAUCUUCGUCGUUGGCUUCUCAGGCUAAUUUUAUUGUUGCUAAAGAUGGGUCAGGAAAUUUUCGAUCUAUCCAAGCUGCGAUUAACUCUGCAGUAUCGAAGAGAACUGGGAAUGGAAGGAUAAUCAUAUAUGUGAAAAAAGGUAUUUAUAGGGAGAAUAUUGAGAUAAGCAGCAACAUGAAUGAGAUCACUUUAGUUGGAGAUGGGUUGAGAUAUACAGUAAUCACAGGCAGCCGGAGUGCUACGACAGGGUUCACAACUUACAGCUCUGCUACUGUUGGUAAGGGACCUCUCUCUCUCUCUCUCCUUGCUGCUUUGUUUCUCUGA